UGAAGGGGGUUUGGUGCUGGAGAAAGUAGCCGCUGUCAUUUGUCAUUUUUUCUCCCUCGUGCAGUGCAGCUAACCCCGACCGAAGAGGAUUUCUGGAGCGGGUAUUCAACAUGGGGACCGUCCAUGCCAAGAGCCUGGAUCCUCUCCCGAUGCAUGGCCGGGACUUGGGGGUCCACCCCGACGACCUAGUGGAGCCUCCGGAACCGGAGCAGGAGUCCAAGCAGGAGAUCCUUGAAAACAAAGAUGUGGUCGUGCAGCACGUCAACGUCCAGGGACUCGGGAGAACUAAAGAGGACCUGCUCGGCUACGAGAUCUCUGAGGUUUUCCACGCCAAAAACCUCAUCGACGUCAUGAAAAAAUCUCACAUCGCCAGACAGAGGCUGCUCCGUCUGGGCAUCUUCAAAGAGGUGGAGGUUCUGAUCGAUACGUCUGAAGGUUCGGACGCUUUGCCCAACGGACUGGAUGUGACCUUUGAGGUGACGGAGGUCAAGAGGCUGACAGGGAGCUACAACACCAUGGUUGGCAACAAUGAAGGAAGCAUGGUGCUCGGUGUAAAGUUGCCCAACACGUUCGGUCGAGCGGAGAAACUCACCUUCCAGUUCUCCUACGGGACCAAGGAGACGUCCUACGGCCUGUCCUUCUUCAAGCCCCAGCCGGGACACUUUGAUCGCAACCUCACCCUCAACAUGUACAAAGUGACCGGUCAGUUCCCAUGGAGCUCCUUAAAAGAGACGGACAGAGGCGGAUCUGCAGAGUUUAAUUUCCCUCUGGGGAGGACCAACCACACGCUGAAGUGGGAGGGCGUGUGGCGCGAGCUGGGCUGCCUGGCGCGCAGCGCGUCCUUCGCCGUGCGCGAGGAGAGCGGACACUCGCUGAAGUCCGCCCUCUCGUACACCGUGUCUGUGGAUUCAAGGAACUCCGCCAUUUUCCCCAGCCGGGGCGCCUUGCUCCGGAUCAACCAGGAACUGGCGGGCUACACGGGAGGAGACGUCAGCUUCCUGAAGGAGGACUUUGAGCUGCAGCUCAACAGACGGCUCUUCUGGGACUCGGUCCUGUCUGCGUCUCUGUGGGGGGGGAUGCUUUGUCCCAUCGGGAACCAGCCAUCCUGCAUCGCUGACAGGUUCUACCUCGGGGGUCCCACCAGUGUGCGAGGAUUUGGGAUGUACAGCAUCGGGCCGCAGAGUGAAGGUGACUAUUUGGGUGGAGAGGCGUACUGGGCAGGCGGCCUGCAUCUCUACACGCCGCUGCCCUUCAGACCGGGCAAGGGCGGCUUCGGAGACCUCUUCAGAACGCACUUCUUCCUCAACGCGGGCAACCUCUGCAACCUCAACUACGGUGACGGCCCCCGAGCUCACCUCCAGAAGCUGGCUGAAAGUAUGCGCUGGUCGUACGGAGCCGGCAUCGUGCUGCGGCUCGGCAACAUCGCCAGACUGGAGCUCAAUUACUGCGUUCCCAUGGGGGUCCAGAGUGGAGACAGGAUAUGUGACGGCGUCCAGUUCGGAGCAGGGAUUCGCUUCCUGUGACCUCAUUACUCCGCUGGCCUCGGUGCUCCACAUGAAAAAGGCUCUUGUUGUUUGUCACAUGUAACCUGUCGUAGAGUGUGUAACACUAGCAUGGGGCCCUUGUCCUGGAGAGACAUGCCUGAAACCCCCCCUCCCCACACACACACACACACACACCUACCUUUUGGCGUGCACCGGUUGAGGAUUUGGAACAACAAGGUGCCAGCGCGGGGCCAUACACUAGUGAUUUGAAUAUUCCCAGCGCUGGCUGUGGGAAGAGAAGUAAGUCCUUGUUAUCGGUAACCGUUUCCUGGGGCAACACACAGUAAAUUAUUGCCCAGAAUGUUUAAAGAGAUUUCGGGCAUGUUCCCCCUGUCGCCUGCCAGGAAAGCUUCUCAUCUAGGACAGCGACUCGUUGGUGGUUUAGUUUUGACACGUGGGAGGGAUCAAACUUAUUAAAAAGGCACUUUUUAAUCAUAGCAGGGGUGUUGGGAGGGAAUAGAAACCUUCAUGCCAAAGCAGUUGUUGCCUGAUGUGACCCCCCCCCCCCCCCCCCUCAAACUGAGCAACAUCCACCACCAGUGCUCUUACCGUUGGUCCUCUGUUUCUUGCUGUUGUCGAAGCUAUUCACAAAUAAACAGUUGCUCCCCUG